GACAAGAGGAGGAGAGCAACAAUAAGGACUCUUAUGGAGGUGUACAGUUCGAACAUGAGUGAGAGCGGGGCCUCUGUGUGCCAGGUGAAGCAGCUCCCCUGCCACAGUGUACCCCUUCUCCGCUUGCAGGCAGGCGGACACCAUCACAGCCCCUCUGUCGCUUGCAAGUCGUGGACGAAUGGUUCACCUCCAGCCGUCACCUCCUCUGCCGUGCGCCACAGGAGCAGCGGAGCCACUGCAGGAACAUGCAGCAACCCGGAGUGUGCGGCCUCCAGGCUGGUAGACGAGGUCGUGUCAGCGGCAUCGUCUCGGGGCUCCUCCAAGGGGAAGGUGGUGGUGACAGGAGGAGCGGGGUACUUCGGCUUCAGCCUGGGGAAGGAACUGGCCAGCGAGGGGAUGUCUGUAAUCCUCCUUGACCUGAGCAGACCUACCUGUGAUAUUCCUGAGGGAGCAGUCUUCUAUCAGAGCGACAUUCGGGAUUAUUCUUCCCUCCAUAAGGUGUGUGAAGGGGUGGACUGCAUUUUCCACACAGCUUCCUAUGGCAUGUCUGGACCAGAGCAGCUGAGGAAGCAGCUGGUUGAGUCGGUCAACGUCGGCGGGACCAGCAACGUCAUAAAUGUGUGUAAGGAACGAGGUGUCCCCAGGCUGGUCUACACCAGCACCAUCAACGUCGUGUUCGCAGGGAAACCCAUCGUGGACGGCGACGAGGCUUCAGUGUCAUACGCGCCCAGUGAUUUGCACAUCGACUACUACUCCAGAACUAAAACGGUCGCAGAGAAGAUGGUCCUGUCGGCCAACGGAUCCCCACUGAAAGAUGGAGGCGUCCUGAGGACCUGUGCCCUGCGGCCCUGCGGCAUCUAUGGUCCAGAGGAGAGGAGACAUUUUGACAGAACGAUGAAAUACGUGGAGUGGGGCCUUUUUAGCUUCAAGCUCGGUGACUCUGAGGCCAGGAUGAACUGGGUCCAUGUGGAUAAUCUGGUUCUGGCCCACAAGCUGGCAGCUGAGGCCCUCACACAGAAGAAGAGCUGUGUUGCAAGCGGACAGGCCUAUUUCAUUAACGAUGGCACUGCAGUCAACCUGUUUGAGUGGAUGGGUCCUAUUUUUAAAAAGUUUGACCAAAGUCAGCCGUCCAUAACUUUACCCAUUUCACUCGUCUACUCAGCAGCCAUCCUGGUGGAAUAUUUACACUUGAUUCUGAGACCAGUGAUAACGGUGCCGCUGCCUUUUACCAGAUUAGAGGUUAGACACAUCACUGUGAGCCACACUUUCAAAAUAGACAAAGCCUGUCGAGAGUUGGGUUACUGCCCCAAGAAGUACAACCUGGCAGAUGCUUUUGACCACUAUUGUAAAACCCAUGCGCCUCGCUCCAACUCAUCCUCCACCAGCGUGUCCUUGACCUCCCAGCUGCUCAGAUACCUCGUCCUUCUGCUGCUGAUGGGCCUCUGUCUGCUGCUGCUCGUGUUUUCUGGCAUACUCUAGCUAAACGACUGACGGUUUUGAACAGAGUGCUGGAGGAUCAUUUGUC